AUGCGUCGAAAAUACCGACUAGUGGUUCUCGGUAGUGGUGGAGUAGGCAAAAGUGCUUUAACGGUAAAGUUCGUCUCGGGAAAAUUUGUGGAAAAAUAUGACCCUACAAUAGAAGAUUUCUAUCGAAAAGAUAUUUUGGUUGAUGGCGUUCAUCACACUUUAGAGAUUUUGGAUACUGCUGGGACAGAACAGUUCUCUUCUUUGAGAGAUUUGUAUAUACGAAAUGGCCAGUGCUUUUUGGUAGUGUACAAUCUUGCCAGCCGUCAAACAUUCAGUGAUAUACGCAACAUGAGAGAUAAUAUACUGAGAGUAAAAGGUCUCCAACCGGGCUCCGUAAAAUCUGUUCCAAUAGUUCUUGUUGGAAAUAAAGCUGAUUUAGCAUUAAAUGGUCAUCGAGAAAUCGAUCCUCAAGAGUCAGAAACACUUGCUGCCCAGUGGUGUUGUCCUCAUCUAGAAACAUCAGCAAGGGAUGAUGUUGGAGUAAAUGAAGCAUUUUUGGAAGCAGUACGUCAGCUUUUAAUGCUUGAACCUAAACGUCGAACUCUAUGCGUGAUUGUUUAAAUGGGUGGGUGAUGAUGGACUGCUGCAACAACUGGUAACGUGACGCACUGGUUUAAAUCAAUAAGAAAGCAACAACAGAGGCGAUUAAUGAAGAAAUUUUCUCAAUCAACAAAUCCUGUUUACUUUGAUUUUCUCUAGAGUUAAAAUGAAAAAAAAAAACCAAGCAAAAACAAAUAUAUCGUGGACUUUCGAAUGCACAUCAACUAGUCUGUGUGUAAUGCAUGAGAGCUAAUUGGUGUCAUACUGUUAUUAUCUUUCAUUAUUAUCAUCAUCAAGGAAAACUAUUGUGCCUUUAAGCAAAAGCAAAUAUAUCUAAACUUGAGAUUGCAAUCUUGUGUCAGUCUUUUUUUCUUUUUGUCGACAAAGUGAAAAAUUUUUAUGUACACCUUUUUUUUUUGUUUAUGUUUCUAUCCAACUGUCUGUUUAUUUUGUUCGUCUGUUUAAUAUUCACUUCAUUGUUUACUUUUGGUAUCUUGGAUACAUUUUUAAGUCUGUGUGCCUUAACUCUUCUAUGUAUUUGCUCAUUUAUUAUUUAUAGGUUGUUAAGUAUUUUUACUGUGUUUUCCCCUGCCUUUUUGAAAAGAAAUAAUAUAUAUAUUUUUGCACUUUAAUGAUUAUCAAUAACUAUUGGACAUGUCUGUUUAGUUAGCUUUUGACUUGGCGCGAUUUUUUAAAUUUUCGCCUAGUUUGGAUUUAUGGUACUGAUUUAAACAAACAAAAGUGCAUGCAUGUAUAUACAUACUUGCAUACUUCACGUGUGUGUUUGUAUGUGUGUGUGUUUUAAUCAUAUCAUCUUUGUAGACGAGUUGUUUCACACUUAAUUAACGUUUUUUGCUUUCUUUCUUUUGUGAAAGAUAUUUUCAGUUUCUUUUAGGUAGACUAAUUACUAGCUGAAGUCUUCCUUUUAAGUCUCGUCGUUAUAACAUAAGUAGUAAAUUAAUGACUGUCUAUAUUUUGGAUGAACUGUUUACCCAAAAUGACAUAUUGGAUCAUUUUUAGUACUUUGAACUGUUUCAUUAACAAAGUGUAUUUUGAAAAUUCUUUUUAUUGAUUUAUUGAUUUUUUAUUCUUCACUAUUAUGUGUUUUUAAAAUAGAAUUUCAUUUAUAGACUAAUAAUCUUGUAUGAUGUGAGAAUGAAUGUCUUUCCUUUUUGUGUUUUAUGCUGUUGUGCUGUCUAACUCGCGAAUUCAUGAUCUCUUUGUGUGUGUGUGUAUACUACAGACGCUUGUUCAUUAUUUUGUGUGUGGAGCAUUAGAACUGAAUUUGUUCUUUA